UUUUGGUUUAACAUAUCGAUUGACUUACUAAAAUCGAUUUGUUGUCAAUGUCAUUUUUUAUGUAUUUUAUUAUUUUAAUUCGACUUCAAACCAAUAAGCCUUGGCCGUGAUGUUAUCAGUCGUUAAUACUUACGCAAAACUAUUUUUCGCUAAUUAAAUAAACAUUUUAUUUUUGAACUAUUACUGAAGGUGGCCGAGUGCGAAAUGUUUCCGGCGACGCGCAUUCGAAGCUGCCUUCCAGUCAUAAACCCGAUGUUCAAGCGAUUGAAGCCCCACAGGCCAUUUCGUCAAGCAAAUCUUUACCAGACAAAGAGUGUUAAUACAACGGCGCAACUUCAGAAAUCUAAAUGGACAAACGUUCGGGCUAUAUUCACAAGAUGGGUUCCUCUUGGCAGUGUUAUGUACGUAGGAUGGUGUUACAUUCGAGCUACAAUCAACUACGAGAUAUCGAAAGUGGAAAUCAAGUUCUACGAAAUGUUUCCAUUUAGAAUUACGAGCAGAUUGUGGGGUAAGAUUGCGGCGUAUGAACUCCCUGUAUCGCUUCGUAGCUUUGUGUAUGGUACGUAUGCACGAAUGUUUAGCGUAAAUCUGAGUGAAGCUGCGAUAUCCGAUUUAACAUAUUAUAAAAGUUUAUCAGCAUUUUUCACUCGAGCCUUACGCGAUGGCGCGAGAUAUAUAUCACCAGCUCCAUGCGUUUCACCAUGUGACGGUGUUGUAUUAAAUUGUGGACCAGCUAAAACUGAUAGAAUAGAACAAGUAAAAGGUGUAACUUACAGUUUGGAAGAAUUUUUGGGGGAAAAUAAAUGGUCUGGAAAUGGUAGGAGCUACUAUGACUCAUUGCUACAAGAUAAGAAGAAUGUACUGCAUCAGUGUAUUAUAUAUUUGGCCCCUGGUGAUUACCAUAGAUUUCAUUCUCCCUGUGACUGGAAUUCUUCUUUUAGAAGACAUUUUUCAGGAAAACUUUUGUCUGUAAACCCUUGGAUGGCUAGCUUGAUACCAGGGCUAUUUACAAUGAAUGAGCGAGCAGUUUAUAUUGGAGAAUGGAAACAUGGUUUCUUUAGUAUGACAGCUGUUGGUGCUACCAAUGUAGGUUCUAUAGAAAUUUACAAGGAUCCAGAUUUAAGAACAAAUACAAAAGGAAAGAGAAAUAGAGUAGAUGAAACAGUCAUGGAAAAGAUUUCUUUUAAAAAAGGUGAAUUAUUUGGACAAUUCAAUAUGGGUAGUACUAUAAUAUUACUUUUUGAGGCCCCAGCAGACUUCAAAUUUGACUUAAAAGGUGGCGAUAAAGUUCUUGUUGGCCAAGCAUUAACAGAAAUGAGUAAAGAAAACUCUAGAUGACUGGUUUAUGAAGACCUUGUCUAUGCGGCUCAGAUGAUAUUGAUGUUAUAUAUAAUGUCGCUAAUGCUUUAAGUAUUAUGUGUAGUCAGUGUAAUUUAGCAUAUAAAGUGGUCUCUGGUAGCUUAGAUACUAGAUAGAUAUUUAGACAGAUUAUUUACUACAAAGAACCCAACACGGCUAUUGUAGUACUCUCAGUUAGUUUAAGGGAUGCAAAUUAAGUAUUAUAAUGACAGAGAAUCAACAUAAUAGUUGGUAAAGCAGUUUUUACAUAUUUAUGUAGGUUUUUAUAAUUUUACUAAGCUUUGGGUAUGAAAUUGGAGUUACAAGGAAAAAUAAAAGUUGAUGAAUAUAUAUAUGUAUAUUGUAUAUAUAACCAUAUAAACAUCAUUUAGAGAUGAUAAAAAAUUACAAGGACAUUUUAUAUAGCAGUUCUGGGUUCUUUUGUUAUAAUUGCUGUGAACUGGUUAAAAUUAUGUCCAAUAAACAUAUAUUUUGAUCUGUAGCACAUUCGAUAGACACGAUACUCAUUAUGUAUGAAGCUUGCAUCCAGUAGCUUUUAUAUUUAUAUAAACCUAGUCUUAAAAAGUGUGAUUUAGAACUCAAAUGUACAAAAACUCCAAAAAUGAAUUAAAUAUUAAUAGAAAACUAAUUGUAUUUUUGUAUUUUGCAUACAUAAUUUGCCACACUGAAUGAAGGUAAAAUGUAUUUUUACUUGUAUUAUGCUUUGAGCAAGUUAAUUGGUCCGAUGAGACGGUAAGUUUUUUAAUUUAAAUUAUAAGAAAAUUCGCUUCUAAUGCUUUAAAACAAACAGAUGGAUUGUCAAUUUGUGACCAGACGGGUCUUGUACAAGGUUUAACAAUUUAAGAUUCAAUUAUACAAUUGUAAUAAUUUUGUUUUAUACCGGCAACAAUAAUGGUUUUAAAUACUUGCCUUAAUAAUCGAUACAUUUUCGGGAAUUAUAAAAUAUUAAUGCAAAGUGGUAAAAGUACUUGUUACAUUCAGAAAUAACAGCAAUAUGGUCAUUUUGUGUAGCUAUUGAUCUAGUGCCCCAACUCUGUAAUUGCCAUUAGCGAUACCGAUCCCAAUAAUGGGAUUUUGUUACGCGGGAUUAUUGAGAGAACAACAUCAAACUCACAAACCAUACAAAAACGUCUGUCGCUAUUGGAAGUUACAAUACGGGCGUUGGUCGUUUUCUCGAUUGUACAUAUAAUAUAUGUAGUUAUGUAUUUGUAAUUUAAUCAUUUGUAUAUCAUGCGAUUUUCUUACGGCUAUUAUUGUAUUCGUGGUGUGAGGUAUUCAAAGAAUUGUUAAAUUUUAAAGUAUGAUGAUGCUAUAAUAAAUUUGCUUUAGGGAAAACCUAGUAUGACAUUGAAUUCAGGGUUAAUAAAUGUGUCGUUUUUA